GUCCUCCCGUACGACUACUACGGGGCCUACGGGCACCAGGCGCACCAGGACCACGCCUACAACCGGCUGCUGGGGGCCGAGUACACCUUCGACUUCCCGCCCCACCAUGAGGUGAUCAGGCAGGAGUGCCUGGCCUGCAGAGGCGCGGCGGCCGUGUUCGACAUGUCCUACUUCGGCAAGUUCUACCUGGUGGGCGCGGACGCGAGGAAGGCUGCCGACUGGCUGUUCUCUGCCGACGUCAGCCGACCCCCAGGCUCCACCGUGUACACGUGCAUGCUGAACGCGCGGGGCGGCACCGAGAGCGACCUGACCGUCAGCCGCCUGGCCCCCGGCCCCGAGGCCUCGCCCCUCGCCCCCACCUUCGAAGGGGACGCCUUCUACCUGGCUGUGGGCGGGGCCGUGGCCCAGCACAACUGGUCCCACAUCACCUCGGUGCUGCAGGACCAGCGGUUCCGGUGCCAGCUCAUCGACAGCUCAGAGGACCUGGGCAUGAUCAGCAUCCAGGGCCCAGCCAGCCGGGCCAUCCUCCAGGAGGUGCUGGAUGCAGACCUGAGCAAUGAGGCCUUCCCCUUCUCCACCCACAAGCUGGUGCGAGCCGCCGGGCACCUGGUAGGUACCCGCUGUCCCCAGGUUGCGGGCAGCAGCCACCUGCUGGAAGGAAUACCCGGGGCUGGGACUUGGGAACCCCAGUGCCCUUGGACAGCGCCUUUCUGGGGAUGCCCCGUCGCUGUCACUAGCAGCUUGAAACCCGACUCCAGGCCAGCCAGUUGGGAAGUUUCUAUCACCAUCUUCACCACCAUCACAAUAAUCACCACCAUCGCCACUGCCACCACCAUCACCACCACCACCAUCGCCGCCGCCAUCACAAUCAUCACCGCCACCAUCACUACCACCACC